UUGUCUUGCUAUGGUCAUCUGUUUCAGCCAUUUGUAACUCUGAAAGAAAGCAGAGCUCUCCUUUCUCAAGCCACAGUUCACUCUCCAUUUCUCUACCAUCUUCAGUUUGCAAAAAGUUCAGGAAACUCGGUCAUUUCAAGUGUUCAUUUUGGUCAUCAGAAAAAAAAAAAAGGAAAAAAAAAUAUUUUUUCUUCUUUGAUAAGGCAUACUCCACAAAAGUGUUUCAAGUUCUUGCUCUUUGGAUUUAUCCAAAAAAAAAAAAAGGUUCUUGCUGUUUUGCUGUUAUUGUUUGUUUUUUAUUCAAAGCUUCUUUUUCGACCCUCAAAAAAGAAAAAUCAUCCUAAUUUUUCUCCUAAAAAAAAUAUAAAUGGCUUUUGUUGAUUCAGCUGUUUCAAUUUCUAUCGAAAUUGUGAAGAGCUUGAUUGUGCCUGUCGGACGGCAGUUUGGUUAUGCAUUAUUCUAUAAGAAGAACAUUCAGGCUCUCAAAUGUGAACUUGAGAAGCUUCAUGAUGCCAGAGUUGGUUUUGAGAAGCGAUGUGAUGCAGAUGUACGCAGUGGAAAAAUUGUCGAAAAUGAGGUCUCGAAGUGGCUCGACGAUGUGAAGACUGAAGAGGAGAAUGCGAACAGACAGUUAAAAGACUGGGAGGUCGCAAUGAAGAGAUGCUUCCACGGAUGGAUCCCCAACCCAAAGACGCGCUACGUGAUUGGUCGAAAGGCGAAGAAGGCCAUGCUGGCUAUCCAGGAACUUCGAGGAGAGGGCAACUUUCAAGUGAUAUCCCACCAUGACGUGCCAGAAGGGGCUGUCAUUGACCCAAUUAUGAAUCAGGAACAUCGAGGGAAAAGUGAGGAUGCGUCACCAGCUGAAGGGGAUGUCGUCAACCCAACUGUUAAACAGGACUAUGUGUUCGAGUCGAGGACUUCUCUCCUGAAGCUUCUUGUGGAAUCUCUAGUGAAUGUUGACGUCACUGUGGUCGGACUUCAUGGUCCAGGUGGCGUGGGUAAGACCACACUAAUGAAACAAGUCGUGAACCAUGUUAAGUCAGAGAAACUGUUUGAUGAGGUGGCAAUGGCGACAGUAUCCGCAAAUGCAGACGUGAAGACAAUUCAAGGAGAAAUCUCGGACAUGUUGGGUUUAAAGUUCACUGUCGAAAGUGUCCAUGGAAGAGGAUUCCAACUUAGGAGGAGGCUAGAAAACUCUCAGCCUCAAAACAAAAGGGUCCUCGUAAUCUUGGAUGAUCUCUGGAAAGAGCUCGACCUGGAUGAGGUGGGAAUCCCUCGCAUCAGGGCAGUCAAGUUGCUGCUCACGUCGAGAAGCCAAGAUGUGCUAACUAGUAAAAUGGGUUCGCAGCGAAACUUUCAGGUUGAAGGCCUAAAAGAAACUGAACCAUGGAAGUUAUUUAGAAAGAUGGUGGGUGGCAUAGCAGAUGAUCCCAAGGUGAAACCUAUAGCAGAGGAAGUGGUUGAGAAAUGCAUGGGUUUGCCCAUUCUGCUAAAGGCGCUUGCAACAACAUUGAAGAAUAGCAACCACUCUCAGUGGGAGGAUGCAUUGGAGCAACUCAGACGAUCAAAGGAUGUCUAUUCAAGCCUGGAGUUGAGUUACAACCACUUAGAAGGCGACGAACUCAAAACUCUGUUCCUUAUUUGUUCCUUACAGGGCAAAGGACGUGUGCCGCUCGAUGAUAUACUCGUAUAUACUAUGGGUUUGGGCCUUUUUGAAGGGGUCUCCACAAUGAAAAGAGCAAGAGAGAGACUAAAUGCGUUGCUCCAUAGCCUUCAAGCUUCUUCACUUUUGCUAGAGGAUGACGACAGUGAUUAUGUCCGGAUUCAUGACAUGGUUCGUGAAGUAGCCAUCACUAUUGCGUCAAGAGAUCGGCACAUAUUGGUGAUUAAUAAUGACUACAGAUUGGAGGAAUUGCCAAAGGAAAAGAUCAAGCAGAGUAGUGUAAUAUCCCUGCCUUAUGUUGAUGCUCCCGAGCUUCCUGCAGGAUUGCAAUGUCCAGAACUGAAGAUGUUUUUAUUUUUUGCGGAAAACAAGUCUUCCAAAAUCCCAGAUUCAUUUUUUGAAGGUAUGGGUGAACUUCGGGUCAUGGAUUUCUCCUUUUUAUCCUAUAAUUCGUUACCUUCAUCCAUACAAUUCUUAGAGAACCUGAGAACCUUGUGUGUUGACUGGUGGACCGACUUGGAAGAUGUUACCGUUAUUGGGAAACUAAAACGACUACAGGUUCUGACUUUCAGGGGUUCUGGCAUUACUCGCUUACCAAAAGAAAUAGCACAAUUAAGUGAGCUGAGAAUGUUAGACUUGAGCAACUGCUCAAAACUCAAGAAGAUUGAACCCGGUGUGCUAAAAAGCUUAGCUCGGUUAGAAGAGUUGAACAUGGAAAAUAGUUUCACCGAAUGGGAGAAUGAGGAAGCAACAGAACAGAGCAAUGCCAGGCUCACCGAGCUGAGCAAUGUGCCUGAACUAAGGAGUUUAGACAUACUUAUCCCUGACGCCACCUUGCUCAGUAAGGACCUACCAUUUGGAAAUCUGUUCAAUUACAGAAUACUUGUAGGUGAUGUUUGGGAUUGGUCCAGCGACCAUAAAGAGUCAAGAACUUUAAAGCUGCAGCUAAACUCCCGAAGUACUCUCCUGAAAAAGUGGGUUCAAGCAAUUUUGCCGAGGACUCAUGAUCUGCAUUUAGAUGGAUUGAGAGGAUUAGAGAAAAGCGUUCAUGAGUUGAGCAAAGAAGGGUUUCAUGAGUUGAAGCAUCUUCAUGUGCGGAACAGUCCCUUAGUCCAAUAUGUUGUUCGCUCAACAAAAUGGUUACCAUGCUCUGCUUUCCCUAUGUUGGAAUCUUUGUUCCUUGAUAACUUGGUCAACUUGGAAAAGAUCUGUCAUGGCCCUCUCGUUCCCAAUUCCUUCAACAAGCUAAAAACUGUAAAAGUCAUACGUUGUGGAAAGCUUAAGAAUUUGUUCUGCCAUUUCUUGCUGAAGGGCUUUUCACAACUUGAAGAGAUAGAAAUAAAUGCAUGUGAAAUGUUUCAGGAGAUUGUUUUGGAUGUAGGGGUGGAGGAUGAUGAAGAUGAAGCAAUAGGGAAUGCCAAAGUUGAGAUGCCUAAUUUACGCAGGCUAACACUACAGAACCUACCAAGGAUCACAAGCUUGUGCAACAAAAUAAAUAAUUCAUCACUUCCAUCAGCAAUGAACUCGGAGAUUACACCAGAGAAUGAUAUAAGAACUAGAGUGGCUCCUUCCGGUUGUAGUCAUAUCUCAUUCCCCAAGUUGGAGGCCUUGAAAAUAUCCCAACUACCCAAAUUGGAUGAGAUAUGGUGCAGGGACCCAUUGUUGGAGUUAGAAAAUUUACGAUCUCUCAUAGUGAAGGAAUGCGGGAACCUCUCAAAUAUUAUCCACUCCCAUUCGCUGACAAAGCUUCAGAAUUUGGAAUUAUUAACUAUUCAAAGCUGCAUGACAGUAAAACAAAUCUUCGACCUGGAGGAGCUGAACCUCAGCGCAAAUGCGAGAGUACUCCCCCAGUUGCAACAAAUGGAGCUGGUCGAUUUGCCCAAUUUGAGGUCCAUGUGGAAUGGCAAUACCAUGGGUGCAUUUCAACUGCGAAACCUAAAGUCACUGAAGGUCAUGAAAUGUAACAGCUUGAGGUAUCUCCUUCCUUUGUCCGCUGCAAAAGCUCUGGAGCAGAUCAAAGAAAUAGAAAUUUCUGAAUGUAUGAUGAUGGAGGCCAUCAUCAUUAUGGAGGAAGACGAAGGACAAGUGACCGAUACUCUAGUGUUCCAAUCUUUAUCCUCCAUGAUUCUUAAAAAAAUGAUGCAUUUGGCAGCUUUUGCACAGGGAAAGUACUCGAUAAGUUUUCCUCACUUGAAAGAGUUGACGAUUGAAGAAUGCCCGAAAAUGAAGGCAGUCAUUAUGCAAGACUACUCAGUGCCACGUGAAAGGGGGGAGCAUCUAAGCGAAGAGAACGUGGAAGUAGUGGCUUCUCUAUCCUUCUUCAGUCAAAAGGUGCUGCUUCCUAACUUGGAGGACUUGCGGCUUAUUUCAAUGGACGGCUUACAAACUAUAUGGCGCAAUAAAGACCUGAUUUGCGAGCCAUCCUCCUUUUGCCAGCUCAAGAAAACGCGCGUCAGAGACUGCAAAAACUUGACAACCAUUUUCCCAUCAGCUGUGGUAGAGAGGAUCCAGAAUAAUUUAAAAUUAGCUCUGAUAACCAGCUGUCCCUCGGUGGAAUUAAUAUUUGAAACAUCUGCUGCUGCUGCUGCUGGUGUGGAAAAGAAGAAGUGCAAACCUGCUGCUGUGAUGCUUCACGAAUUAGAAGAACUACAGUUGGAUGAUCUGCCAAAGCUGCAACACGUGUUGGAGAGCGACUCCCAGGCAAUUGUGGGGUUCCCUAGUCUGAAGAAAAUCUAUGUCGAAGGAUGUCACAGCCUCACCUAUCUCCUACCAUUUGCCACAGCUAGAAAUCUUCUGAAACUAGAGUCAUUAAAUUUGGCUAAGAGCAACAACAUGCUGGAAGUUGUUGCCGACGGUGACAGAGGAGGCGGGCAUGACGCGUGGGAGCCCAUCUCCUUCCCCUGUCUAAAACUUUUGCGGCUGUGGGGCCUUAAAAGUCUGAUUAGUUUCUCUUCAGGAAGUUGUGCAUUUGAUUUUCCCUCACUGGAAGAUCUUUAUAUUGUUCGGUGUGAUAAUUUGGAGACAUUUAUCAUGAGGCCUUCGACAGAAAGCGAUCAUGAGUUGAUGAAGUUGAAUCUGAGAUUUGAAGAUCAUAUCAGUCCAGCAGCAACUGUGGGAACUCUUUCCCAACCUCUUUUCGAUGAGAAGGUUGAAUUUCCAGGAUUGGAGGUAAUAUAUCUUGAGGGCUUGGGGAAUCAGCAGAAGCUGUGGGACGAUGAGCUUCCUAUAGAUUCCUUUUGCAGUCUAAAGUCACUGACCAUUAUGGAUUGCAAAAAUCUGCCAGCUAUCUUCCAGUCCAAUGUCAUUGGAAGCUUCCUGAAUCUAGAGAAGCUGAAAGUGGAAGACUGUGAUUCACUAGAAGAGAUAUUCCAAUUGCAAGGGGAAGAUUCAGCAGCAAUAUCUGUUCCAUUAAGAGAACUGGAGAUGGUCGGACUUCCAAGAAUGAAGCGUGUGUGCAAUAGAGAUCAUCAGGGAAGUCUCACCUUUGCUAAACUAGAGCGAGUAGUGGCUGAACGAUGUGGGAAACUUGAGUACCUAUUUCCAUCCUCAGUGGCCAGAGGUCUGUUGCAGCUUCAGGAGAUUGACAUCCGUAACUGCGCGGUGCUGGAGGAACUCAUUGCCAGCGGAGAAGUAUUAGAAGAAGAUGAGACUACUCCCCCUGAGGAUCAGCUCCUUUUUCCACGGCUAAUCUCAUUGAAAUUCAGGAUACUGCCAAACCUGAAGAGACUUUUCCCUGUUGGCUAUAGGAUGGAGUGGUCAUUGUUGAAGAAUUUAUAUGCAUAUGAGUGCGGCAAACUGAAGACUUUUGCAUCUGAAUUACGGCCAAGAAGCGAAGGAGAUGAUACUGAUUCUCAACAAGCCCUCAUAUCCAUUGAACGGGUGAUCCCCAACUUGGAGUCAUUGGGUUUGGGCAGUGAGGAUGUUUUGACGAUACAGGAUAGUGAUUUUCCUGAUGAUAUCUUCCGCAACCUCAAAACCCUUUGCUUGGCAUCAAUUCGGGAAGGUUCAGCUGGUUUUCCAUCCAGAUUCCUUCUGGACAGGUUCCCAGAUCUAGAAAUAGAACUUCUUGUUCUGUUUAAUUAUUCGUUUGAGGAGAUAUUCCCAGAUGAGGAGCUUGGUCCCCGGGGAACUAUAAUUUCAUAUAAAGAUGGAUAUUCCAAUGGCGGAAAGUAUUCGAAGGCGCUUGGGAAGUUGAGAGGACUUUCAUUGAUAGAACUGUCCAACUUGAGGUAUGUUUGGAAAGAAGGCUCCUUAGCCACCGAGAUUCUCAAGAGAAUUAAUUCCCUGUAUAUCCGGAGGUGCCACUGUCUGAAGUCUCUACUCCCAGCACCCUCUGCUUCUUUCCAGAACAUGACAGAGCUGUAUAUAAACAAGUGUGAUGGACUGAUGUACUUGAUGACACCUUCAGCAGCUCGAGCUCUGCCGAAACUGGCCAGUAUGACCAUAAGAGACUGCGAAGUGUUCAGACAAGUAAUUGUUGCGAAUGAUAGCGAAGCAAGUGUUGAGAUUUCUUUUCCGCAGCUUGGGUUCCUGGCACUUGAUAAACUUCCGAGCCUCACAUGCUUCUCCUCAGCAAGUUGCAGCAUCACAUUCCCAUCCUUAGAAGAUACCAUCGUCCAAGAGUGCCCCAAUAUGAAGUUUUUCUCUUCUGGUGCCGUAUCAACACCAAAGCUAUACCAAAUAAAGAGUUCCUACUUUUCGGUGUGGUUGAAUGAUCUAAAUACAACCAUACAGAAGUUAUAUUCCGAUUCCGGUUCAGAAAGCUGAAACCUAUGGCCACCGUUGAUGGAAAGCUCAGGGAUGGAGGCUCAUGGCCUGAAAAAGGACUCGAAGAAAAAGAACUCAAGCUGGACGGCGUCAACAGUGGACUGAAUCUUGUGUGGUGACCUGAUGUAUGACUCGAAAUUCCACAGGUUUUGUAAAGCCCAACACCAUCCAAAGUUAGAAUCCUGUGGUCGAAGCGAAGGGCUUGGGACAACUCUACAUGUGGAGAAUUGUCUGUGUAAGGCUAUCUAUUUUUAUAUUUCGUUAUCACCGCAAUAAUAAGAAAACAGUCGAACAUCGUUUGCCUGUUGAUAUAUGGACCAUAAAUGAUAUAUCAUUCAUGUAUACCGUGAGGGAAAUUAUGAGUA